AGUGAAAUAAGCGGCUGAAACCCGCAGAUCCUCCGCUGAAGUCCCGGGACUCGCUGCUCGUGCGAGGCCGGAGCGAGGAGCAGCCUGAGGCGCGGCGGCCGUGGUGAUGGUGUUGGACUCAGGGGAAGUCUUCAUGGAUCAGGUUAAGGGUGAAAGCGACGGGGUUCUGUUGGAGCCAGAUGUCCGAGCAGAUCCACCCAAAACCGCCGGCAGCUCCUCCACGAAGCCCAGAGCUUCGGCCAAAAGGAGCACCAAGAAGGAGAAGGUUUCCCACAACGGCCUGCCGGCCCAGACGAGCAGCGGCAGCGGCAGCCAGGCGGUGGAGAGGAGGUCGUCGUCCUUGAAAUGUGGGGCUACACCCAGACCUCCGCUGCGCCGCCCCCUCAGCCUGGAGGUGACGCCUCAGCGCCUGCGAGGCUCUCAGGAGCACGUUGCCGACCGGAGGAUCGUGCAGCCUCCAUGGCGCAGCGGUCCGGCCGCCCCGUCGCCCCCGGCUCGCAGCCUGACCAGCCCCAGCCUGGGAGCCGGCGGCUGGAUGCGGCGCAGCGAAAGCACCUGCUCCGUCAACUACUCCCUGGGGCUGCGGGGCGGCAGGGGGCAGAUGCGACCCGCCACCUCCCUGCCCCACAUAGCCAAAGGCGUGAGCACCUCGUCGCUCGCCACGCCGGCCAGGCCCUGUCUGCUGGUCGCCCUCAGACCGCUGAACCUGGAGCAGGAGAAGCAGGCGUUCUUCCAGUCCGACUACAAGUACGAGCCUCAGUUUGAGUACGCGCAGCCGGAGCCGAGGGGCGUCCUGGACAAGUACAGGGAGGGUUCAGGCCUCUUCCUGGAGCAGGCGGUUGGAAUCAUGGAGUGCGUCCUGAGGAAGUUUGGCUCUUACGAGAACUUCGAGGAGGUGACCGGCGGCAACGUCCUGCCUAAAAGUCAGGUCUGGGCCGCUGUACGCAAAUACCUGCAGAAGGAAGGCUGCGUGGGGGAGGUCGUCGUGCGUCUGUCCGACGAGCUGCUGUCUCAGGCUGUGAUGAUGGUGGAAAGCUGCCGUCCCACUCUGACCAUCAACCUGGCCGGAGCUCGGCAGCACUGGCUGGAAGGGAUGCUGAGGCACGAGAUCGGCACACAUUACCUGCGAGGUGUGAACAACAACCUGCAGCCGUGGGCCACCGCAGACGGCAGGAAGAAGUUCGGCCUCAAACCGGCCAAUCCCACGGAGGAGGGCCUGGCCAGCCUGCACAGUGUGUUGCUACGGAAACAGCCCUACCUGUGGCGUGCCGCCCUGCUCUACUACACGGUGUACCACGCCACCAGCAUGAGCUUCAGCCAGCUCUUCAGCCACAUCGCCCGCUUCGUCCAGGACCCGGACGUCCGCUGGGAGUACUGCCUGAGGGCCAAGAGGGGACAGACGGACACGUCGCAGCCCGGCUGCUUCAGCAAAGAUCAGGUUUAUCUGGACGGGAUCCUCCGGAUUCUUCGGCAUCGAAGGAACAUCGACUUCAAGAUGUUGACUUCUUUAGGAAAGGUGUCGUUCGAAGACGUGGAGAGGCUGCGACAUCUGGCGGUGCUGCCCAGGACCAGAAUCCCUCACUUCAUGCGCGACCAGGAGCGCUACCUGCAACAUCUGGACCACAUCGUCACCGUCAACGAGGUGGACGACUCGACGCUGCAGCACCUGCUGCCCUGAACCGUCCCGGCCCUGAACCCCUGCGCCACCUGAAGCCAAGACGAAGAACUGGAGGAUGCCGGACUGUAUCAUGUGGUGCCCCUGAUUAUCACUUAAAAUAUCAGUAUUGUUAGUAUUACUGCUUUAUUCGAGCGAUUUUUUUGUAAAACUUGAAUGAUCCGAACAAAAAGGGACGUACACACUAACACCUCUAUCCACAUUUUCACUUUCGUCCGAUGCAUGUUUAUGUGGCUUUUCCACAGAGCCAAGUACAGUUCAUGUGCGCCCCCCUCCCGCCCCCUCGCCUUUAAUCCCACUAUGAAGUUACCUCAAUACUGCAACUCUAUGAUGUAACCAACAUUAUAUAUGUAGACUCAUACAUAAUCACAGAUUCAUAAUCACGUGCUUAAUUUAUGCAAUUAUUUAAGUUUUUUUUUUUUUACUUUGACAGAACAGACUGAAUGUCUCUGGUUUUAGCUUUAUACCCUGUUUUUGUUUUUUUGUUUUUUUUAGAUGACGUUGAUUUAUGCCUUAGAUUGUUUGCAUUUUAAAAAGGACACCAAGGACACAACAUUUCCAAACCCUUGGGGAAGCGGCAACUGAGGCCAUGAAUCUUUAAAAAAAUCAAGUGCCAGCGGACUCAGCCGAGUGUUUGAAAUUUUUCCCCGGGGCAGGAUUUAUAAUAUCAGUGUUAUUAGGAAGAUAAUCAGCUGCGUUGUCUUAACAGUGUCCUUGGUGGUCUUUGAAUAUCGAUACGCUACUGUGAUGUGACCCGUCGCCCAGCUCCCCCCGCUGCGCUACAACCAAACUUUCCUUUAAAGGAGCAGUGCAACAUUUUGGGAAGAAAGCGUUUGUUUAUCAGCCUCCUUGCAGAGUUGGAUUCGUAUCGACGCUAACGUUCGAUUUGAUCAAUAUGUAGCUGAGAAAAGACGACAAAAAGGGGGAAACGGCAAACUGGACUGUGCCUGAAAUGUAAAGAGAAGUUUGGUCGACCCUUCUCCCGAACAGACGGCUAUUUUUCUAUACGGGUUGAAGCUCCGGUUUAUUCAGAAAGUGUUCAGACACCUUUACUCGUUCUGCUUUACGGUGUUGUAGAUUAAACGUUAAUGUUCAAAAACUCAAAAUACAGUUUUAGGUAGUAUUAGCUCACUAGCCAUGUUUCAAAAAUUUGACAUCAGAAAAGGUUAAACCUCAAUUUCAAGUCCUCAAUUUCAGUUUUUAUGUUCGCUUAACAUGAAUUUGAACUUUUUCUAAGAGUUAAUUUGCUUAACAGGAAGUAGAAACAACUUAACUCUUACGUUCUAACAUGGCGAACAUUUAACUCACAUGACUGAACGCUUGUUUCCGCUUCCGUUGCCUUUGCCUUGGUAUAACGUAAAACAUGGCCGAUACCAGCUGGCAUGAAAAAAUAAUUACAGUUCCUGAAGACUUCUUUCUGUUUUUGCCUAGAUAGCCAAAGAUUUGUUGUUGUUGUUGUUUUUCUUCCUGUUUUUUUUAGUGAUUGGCAAACAACUGGUUUUGUUUGCAGCUUGCUCUACUUUAUUACAGCCAUGUAGCCUAUACUGCCACCUACCGACGACACUACACAGUCUUAUUUAGUCUCUCCAAAGCAGAUAGCGGAAACAAGCCCUAUUCGCAUUUUCUUAUUUAUUUAUUUAUAUGUCUAUAUUUUAAAAAAACUUUUUUUUUUUUUUUUGCAACAUUAUAAAAGUUCACUUCAAAUCCGCUCGACCAUUACGUGAAAACGAGUCGUUUAAUUUACUUCCAAGGUCAAAGAGCAAAUCAUAAACCAGCAAUAUAACUUUUAAAAAGAGUAAAUAAAUCGACCUUUCGUAGUUAACUCAGAAUGUACCUAACUCUCUGUUGGAUGUUAACAAAGUCUCGGCUAACGUUAGCAUCUCUGCCCUGCUCCUUAUGUAUUGCUGGUAUUGUGUGAGCUAGCGUUCUUUAUGUAAAAACCUACCGUGAAGGCCUUUUCUCUCGUAGCGCUAGAAGCUAAAACAUGCUUUUGUGAAAGUCUAAACACCCAAACAGGGUUUAUGUUCAAACAAAAUAACAAUUUUUCUUAUCGUACUUUUCUUGCGCUUCUUUAUCUCCCUAUCCUUACCAUGGAUGAUCAACUGUUGAGUAUGCUAACAUGAUAGCGUUAGCCUCUUAGCAUAUAUGUAGCCAUCAAGUGCAUUAACCCUUUUUAUAUACAUUAUUUGAUUAAAAGGAGUCAGACUGAAACAAAAUAAACUGGAGACAGUUUCGAACCAGUUUACCUGCCUUAGCUUCACUAGCUCUCUAGUUAACUACUGCUAGCAACAGCUGUAAUUACAGCAAAAAUCUCUGUCACCAAACAAAAAUGAAAAGCUGCUUUUGUUUACUCGUUUUAAAAAUGGGUUGCUUCACCAUUUACAAAAACUUUUGUAGUGAAUCUGCCAUCAUUAUCACUUUAAGCUAAAUUAUGUGCUACAAGCAUAGAAACAGUAGCCUCCUUCACAAGGAACUUUUACGAUUGUGACAUGGGAAGUUGUGCACAUUAACUGCUUGGCGUUUAAGUCUGAACACCUGCUGUGAGUCACGACAGAACCAAUAUUAGACAACAAAAGCGUAGAAGUCGGUGUCUAAAAGCCACAGAGGCUAACCAGUUAGCAAGCAGGGAACCAAUCGUGAACCCAAAAUUGACUGAAACCAAUUAAACAAUUGGCACACUUAGAGUUUAAAUAGGGAAAAUUUUGAGUAUCAGCACCCUCAAUAAGUCUGAAAUACUUUCUAAUAUUGUUCUUAUUGGCCAAGGGGUUUCUGAAAUAUUGUCUAUAUAUGUGAUUAUGCUAAUUAUGCAAAUCGUCCAACAAAUGCAAGUUAGCAUCCGGCAGUUUCUGAAUGUUUAAACUCGAAACCGUACGCCUGUAACAUAAAACAUUAAAGUACACAGUAUUCAUGGGUUCAUACUGCUGGAAGUUAUUCCAACAUAUAUCUGGUGGAUGUAAAUUGGCCAAUUCUUGUUUUUACAGUUCAGGCUAACCGUUCCCCCCCGUUUACAGUGUUUAUGCUAAGCUAAGCCAAGCGGUUGCAGCUUUAUAUUUAUUAAACCACGAUGAAGUGAUGUCUCAUGUAAAUCUGUUCAAGACGGCGGACGAGCGCGUUUCCCAAAAUGUCGAACUGUUCCCCUGUUUGAUAAAAUUGCCCAAGUGGCGUCUUUAUACUGCUUUUUGCGAAGCCGCCAGACGGCGGCGAGUCGCUGGCUGAGGAGGAGGCGGCGGUGUUGUGGGCGUGCCUUCGAUGGGUGUUAGAGCUCAUCUGCUAUAGCUAGCUGUGUGUUUGUAGGCUGCUUUUUACCGUGUUUGACACUUCAAACUCCAGAUGUCAUUCAGGGCAUUCAUUUCGGGCCAAGCUGUCGGCGGCAGACUGAAAGAAGACAACUGUGGGCUAAACAGCAUCACAGCAGUAGUCCUAGUUUUUAAACUUCUACAAAACACUUGACCAAAAUGUGAACUCUACUCCUGUGAUGCAUUUUAAAUACUCGGAUUUGGAGAUUGACUUGUAAUCGAGAUUUACUCUGCUGCGUUUACACUUUUAGCCACUCUGUAAGCAGAUAGCGUUUUAAAUUUGAGCAGGUCGUUGUCUGCUGAAGCCUGGAUUCACCCAAACGAAUGCACCUAUUUGUAAUGCACGAAUGUUGCACAAGUGUUUUAUGUUCUGGGAAACACCUUGAAUUUCCAGUUUAUUUAUUAAAAUGUACACACACACACACUGAA